AUGGCUGACCUGUCAAGCCCCGAGUAUCUAGAGGAGACCCCAAGCACUUACAAUAAGAUGUGGGAAGAUGCCCAGAAAGACCUCGACAUCCAGCUCCAGAAAGAAAGAGAAGAGUUCCUCCAGCCAGAGAAUGACCACGAGAAAGUAUUUAAGAUGUUAACCACUUCCUACAUCAAAUACAUGCAGAUCUUCCGCAGCUUGGAGAUGGCCCACGACCAACUCGUGCACCAGCAGAAACGGGCAGUGAUUCAGCAAGUGCUAGAUGGAGUUAUGGGCCGGAUCCUGGAGAUCAAAAAAGAGAUGGUGGAGCUGGAGAACUCAGAGUUUCAUUAUGUUGAUAAUAUCCUGGUAGAUCUAAAGCUUCUCCCGGAAGUCUUAGAAGUACCUAUCCCAAGGUAUUUCAUUAAAGAAAGACUGGAAGUCCUGCAGCAGAGAGAGAAAAUGCUUGAUCAGAUUUUACUUAAUGCUGGCUUGCAAAUACAGGAACCUGCCGAAACCAUGACAACUGAAGAAGCCGCUAGAUUGAUCCAGGUUGCAGAGCGGGCUCGACAAGGACGUUGUCGAGCAGCAUUAAUGAAGAAACUUUACCUUGAAGACAAGAGACAAAAUCAAACUGAACCUCAGGUUGAGACAGGUCCAAGUCCAGAUGAUGCUGCCACUUGCAUUCAAAAGGUUUGGCGUGGAUAUAACCAGCGCCAGAAAACACAGAAAAUGAGAGAAGAGGAAAUGAUAUUUCUGGGGAUGACUCUGCCUCCUCACUUAGCGGCAACAAGUGAUUCACAGAUGCACGCCAGGCAAGUAAACACACGGAAAAGUGAGGUCCAGGAGAGACAUGAGGAGGUACCCAUCAAGGACAAGCUGAGGGAAAUGGAGGGGCUCCACAUGAAGGAAACUCUCCAAGAUCAGAUUGGCCAGUGUUUCAUCGAAAGCCGGCAUAUUGUAGGAAGGUUUCCGGACUAUCCUACUGAAAAGGCAGGAGGUUCAAAGGCUCUUUUUACGGAUAAAACUCCAGAGGAGAUCCUCGCAGAACUGGCUGAGAAAAAGAUGAUGGAAUUGCAGAAAAAAGCUCAAAAGGGGAAAAAUGAAGCAAGAAAGGAAAAACCAAAAGAAAAACCUUCACAGAAACCUGGAAAACAAAUUGAGGAGGAAGGCUGGAAAAUGGCUCCCAGUAAUUUCCUUUCGAUAAUGGAGGAAGGAAACCGUCAAUACAAAGUCUUUUGGCAGAAUAGAGAGAAGGGAUGGGAUUUUCACCAGGAUCAUGACCCAGAGCUGAUCAAAGCAGAGAAACGAGAAGAAGUGGAGGAAGAGAUCAGAGUGCAGGUUGAUGAAUUGAUGCAACAGAAACUGACGAAUCUCAAACUGAUUGUGGAUGGAGAGAAGAGUCGCAAACAGAAGAAAGGGAAAAAGAGUGAAAAGGAAAAAAAGACAGCCACAAAGAAAAAGAUAAAUGAGAUGGAGGAAGAUCUAACUCCUGACAGGACCAUCGAUUCUCUGUAUGAGGAACUAGUGGAAAACGGAUUAGUAAUAAAAGCUCAGACCGUGAAUCUCUCCGAUUAUGUUGGCGAGUACAGCUAUCUGGGGAGCACACUUCGUCAGAUAGAUAUAGAGCCAGUGCCCUCUCUGGCAGAUGUCAGACAGCUAAUAGCGCUGUAUGGAAUAUUGCCAUUAGGCUCCCAAAUAGUACAUGAGAAAGCUCCUUUGGUAAAAGCCUUGUUACUAGCUGGACCCGCUGGGGUUGGGAAGAAAAUGUUGGUCCAUGCCAUCUGCACAGAAACAGGAGCAAAUCUCUUCAACUUAUCUGCUUCCAACAUUGCUGGGAAAUAUCCAGGCAAGACAGGCCUGCAAAUGAUGCUUCACAUGGUUCUCAAGGUGGCUAGGCAAUUGCAGCCUUCAGUUUUAUGGAUUGGAGAAACAGAAAAGGUAUUUUCUAAAGGAGCUCGAAUGGCUGAAGAAGAGGCGAACCCAGGCCGACUGGCAAAGAUCCUCCCCAAAUUCCUGAAGGUCUUGAAAGCACAGGACAGAGUACUGCUGGUGGGAACCACCAACCGUCCCUUCGACGCUAAUCUUAAACCUUUCUGCGACACUUACAAAAAAAUCAUCCUGAUUCCUAGGCCUGACUACAGCUCCAGAUUUGUGUUAUGGAAACACAUCAUCCUGCAGAAUGGUGGAACAAUCACCAACUUGCUGGACAUAAGCUCCCUAGCAAAAGUGUCUGAUGGUUUCACCCAGGGACACAUUGUGCAGGCAGUACAAGCUGUCCUGAGUGAGCUACGCCUCCUGCAGAUGACCCGGAAGCCACUGAGGACUGAAGAGUUUGUGACUUCUCUGGCCACACAGGACCCAGUGUACAAAGAGGAGGAAGAAACAUUUAAGGCUUGGUAUGACAAGACACCGCUGGGUAAAGCACGAAUCAGAGCACUGGCAGGUGAUAAGAAACCAGGAAAAGGGAAAAAAAGUGCCAAAAAAGGGAAAAAAUAA